AUGAGUUGUAUUAGUCGCUGUGAAUUUGCGAAUACAGUUCUCGAAAUAUUGACACUGAAAGAAAAAAUUCAAAGUACAAAAAUAGCGAAUCUCAAUCUUUACACUAAAAAAGCAGCAGACAUAACGUUUCCGCGAUCUAUAGUUUACUGGAAGAGGGGUUAUGUCGAUGUCAAGAGUAUUUCUGAGGAUGUAAAGAGUAUUGUUGAUUAUUACAAAAAGCAAUACCAUUUUAUGAAUUACUCUGAUGAAGAUACCAUCCAUAAUUUAAAAGAAGUUAUGGUUGCUACUAUUUACAAGAACUAUGCUGUGCAUAUAGACUUUGAAUUGAGUCUCAACUCUUCAGACAUUUUAAUUAAGUUUGACAGAAAAUUAAUGUCGUAUUUAAUAAUAAAAACUGCCAUUGAACAAGGCCCAAAUUUUGGAAAUAGGACAUCCAAUGAAAGUAAUGUGGAAAAGACAAUAUUUUUAAAGAUUGAUGAAGAUACAGAAUCUGAAAUCACGAAUACCAGAUUAAAAAUGAUCAAGGAAGUUUCACAAAACAUUUUGAGAACUCAAGGAUUUACAGUUCAAAAUGACGUAAGCAGUAAAAAUUAUGUAUUCACUACAAAAUCAACUGGUAAAAAUGAGGACAAUAGGCUUCAUCGAUACCUGUGUGGGGUAGUGUUGAAUGGAAGUAGAAAAAAAGAAAUGAGUCUAACAAACCAAGACUAUGCAUACAUAGUAUCACAUAAAGUUAGAGAAAUUAAUGAAGACAGACUGUCAGAUGUAGACGACGCAGAUGGUGAAAAAGUAGCCAAAGCUUCUAUUGCUUAUGAAAUGUUGUCUGUCAAACCGAAUAUUCCAAUAGUUAUAAACAAGUCUGACAAGCUGGAUAAAGCUAUCAAAGAGGCAGCAUUUAUUUUGUACAACAACGCCAGGGUUAGUGCCAUCUUGAAUAAAUACAACAUCUCAGUAAAAAAUAACGAAUAUCCAGAAAUAAAACCGAUCAGUGAAUUUUCAGAAUUUCAACAUGUAACGGAUGAUGAAUCGUGGGAUCUCAUUUAUAGCUAUUUGAUGAGAUAUCCAGACUUACUGAAAUCAACAGUCCCAACUCAUGUCAAUAAUAAUGAAUCGAAAUUAGAAUUUCACAUGCACCACCUCUGGUCGUUUUUAUCUACUUUAUCUCACAAAUUCAGCAGUUAUUACCGAAGAUACCGAAUAUUGAUGUCAAAUGUCAGCGUGACCGAAAAGUCUUCAUCCAUUACCUCAGAGAGAUUACACCUUCUGAGAGCACUGCACGUUAUAUUUAAAAAUACUUUAUCUCUAUUGAAUGUUGAAGAAGUUCUCAAUAUGUAA